UGUCUGAGAGCAGUCCCCUUACCACAGGAGAGACCUUGUCGACAAAUGUCAACAUCCUCACCCCCUAACAUGUUCCCGCGGCCAUGCCAGAGACUGCAUGACCUACACAGCUGGUGGAUGGAGCAGCAGUACAAUGAAGGGAGAGGAGUUUGUUUCCACAACGAUAAACCUGUGGUCUGGUCUCCAUGGAGAUGGCCUGGGUUCUGGUUUCCAUGACAUUAAGGGGUCUGAUGUUGAUGGUGAUUCUGCUGUGGACUGUCACAUCCACAGAUGGGGAAGACGUCCAUGUAACCUGUGUGUUCUCAGAGGAUUGUGUCCUGCCCUGCAGCUUCCAGCCUGACAGUGAGGAAGUCAUCCACUGGCUGCAACCAGAAGACAAGAACCUGAGCACCAUCCACUCCUACUACUACAGUACAGAUCAGCUCAAACAGCAGAGCCAGCCUUACAGAGGGAGAACAGCCCUGUUCAAUGACCAGAUCCCCAAAGGAAACGCUUCACUACUGCUGAGAGGGAUCACACUCCAGGACCAGGGCAGAUACAAGUGUUACACCAGCACUAUUAAAGGCAACAAGGAGUCCUGCGUUAACAUAGCAGUGGAGGCUCCAGUCCGCUUGGUGGACAUACAGUUAUCAGAUGACAUCAUCACCUGCAGUUCUACAGGUAUCUACCCCGAGCCUAAACUCACCUGGUCCACUGACCCCCCCCUCUGACCUUUCAUUUGACCCUGGAACCAUCCAGAACUCCACCAGCAUCAAGGUGGAUGACCGGGGCCUCUAUGACAUCACCAGCACAAAACAGUUUAGCAGAGACCGAACCAACAUCUGUACCGUGACCUCUGGGACAGUAGAAAGGACAGCAACCCUGAAACAGCAAGAUCCGGUCCAGGGUUCUCCAAGCAGUGAGGUGUCCAUCCUCUGCAGUGUCUCUCAGUCUGACCUCCUGACCUUUGACCUCACCUGGAGGUUCAAACAGACAGACACCAUCCUCACCUCCAGCUACACCAAUGGCAAACCUCAGAUGCAGGUUGACGACCAGUGGAAGGAGCAGGUUCAGAGUUUGUCUGACUCUGGCAGCCUUAAGCUCCACAAGUUAACCAUGGUCCACCAGGGGACCUACAGCUGUGAACUCUCUACUGCCAGAGAUACACACCUGAUCCUCACCUACCUGCAGAUCACACCUGGUCAACAAUCAAGAGGUAAAAGUUUCCUUUUACUGUUUCUCCUCACUGUAAGUCACAGGAUCACAUUCAACAAAAAAACUGCUCAUCUUUAUUUUCCAGGUAGAAUUGCUGUUAUAGUGGCAUCAGCAGCAGCAGUGAUUAUAGCAGUAGUGAUAUGUUCCUUGCUGAAAGCAAAUACAAAUGGUCCAAAUGAAAACGGUCAGAGUGGAAUACCACUUCAGAAUGGAGAAGAAAGAGAGGAAGAC